AUGAGUGGAAGAGACCGUGACAAGUACCGGUCACACCCAUUAGGACACCAAAAAAGAAUUAAAAAAAUGGCCAAAGAAGAAUUUUUGAAUAAGCAACGAGAAAAAAUAGAAAGACACGAAAAUCCGUGCUAUUAUUUAUCCGAAACCAUGGAAAUAUUGCCAUCAACAUCUAAAAAUAAAGUACACUUUCCAGUAGACGUUCCAGUUGAAGAAACUUUAAAAAUUACCUAUGAUAGAACAAAUAUCCAACAUGAACAUCCAGCAUAUUUUUUAUCAGAAACCAUGGAAAUAUCGACAUCACCAUCUAAAUUAAUCAAACUAUCACACACACCGGAAGAAGAAAACCACUCAUCAACAGCUGAAAAUAAAAAUCAUUUUCCAGUAGACGAUUCAAUUGAUGCAACUUUUAAAAUUAACUCACGCAGAAUUGAUAUCCAAGAAAUUGAUUUGAGGGAUCCAGCAAGCUGGAUAGAAGGUUUAAGUCAACAUUUAAGAGAUGAAAUCAUUAAAAUUGGACCAGUUAGAGUUAAUAAUAUUGACUAUCCUUUACAUACUAUUCAAAAGACUUCAAGAAAGUUUUCUGAUAAAUAUUAUUAUAGAACUUUGUCAAAUGGUGAAAUAGUAAAUAGACAGUGGUUGGUUUAUUCAACGUCUAAAAAUCUCACAUUUUGUUAUUGUUGUAAAUUAUUUCCAAGUUCAGAUCUACGUCAGAGUCAAUUGGCUACUAAUGGCACAAAUGACUUGAAAUACAUGAGUGAUAAUUUGAAAGUUCACGAACGUUCAAAGCCACAUAUAAUUGCUGCUCAAAAAUGGAUAGAAUUAAAAACUAGAAUUUCAAAAUCUCAAACGAUUGAUAAGGUACAGCAAAUAGCUAUAGAAAAAGAAAAGACACAUUGGAAGAAUGUCAUGAUUCGUAUAAUUUCUGUUAUACACUAUUUAGCUAAACACAAUGGUUCAUUUAGAGGAUCCACAGAUGUUUUAUAUGAAAAAAAUAACGGAAAAUUCCUUGGACUAAUUGAAAUGCUUGGUAAAUUUGACCCAAUUAUCAUCGAACAUUUACAACGUAUAAAAAAUAAAGAAACACACAUACACUAUCUCGGACAUGAUAUACAAAAUGAUUUAAUCGAAGUAAUGGCAAAGGAAGUUCAAAAAACAAUCAUACAAACAAUAAAAUUGGCCAAAUAUUACGCAAUAAUAAUGGAUUGCACUCCGGAUACAAGUCGUCAAGAACAAUUAUCAAUUGUUAUUAGAAUUGUAGAUAUGGACAUAGAAAAUGAAUCAACAGAACCCCGAAUAAAAGGAUAUUUUUUAGAUUUUACAAAUAUUCAUGAUAGUACUGGUUUAUAUUUAUCAGAUGUAUUAGUCGAGAAGUUAAAAAUAUAUGGUAUAAGUUUGAACGAUUGCCGAGCACAAGAUUACGACAACGGCGCUAAUAUGAUUGGACAAUACAAAGGUGUCCAAGCACGAAUACUAAAGCAAAAUCCAAGAGCUUUUUUUAUGCCUUGUGCAGCUCAUAGGUUGAACCUUGUUCUUGGAGACACAGCAAAAAGUUCUGUUAGAGCCGUGCAUUUCUUUGGUACUGUUGAAAGACUUUACACAUUAUUUUCAGCAUCUACGGGAAGAUGGGAUAUAUUUUCUAAACAUUGCCAUAAGUGGACAGUAAAAAAAUGGUCAGAAAAAAGAUGGGAAAGCAGAUAUGACAGUAUAAAAGCAAUAAGAUUUCAAGUCAAAGAAAUUAUUGAUGCCUUGGAUGAAAUAUCAGAUGAAACACGUGAUCCUCUAAUCAGAAGUGAAACAAAUUCAUUAAUUUCUGAGAUUCGUUCGUUGGAAGUUCUAAUGAGUUUAUGUAUUUGGUACACUGUAUUAUGUGAAGUUAAUAUAGUAAGUAAAAGUUUACAAGGUCCAGAUGUAAACUUGGAUAUUUCAUCAGAAUUACUAAAUGGACUAAUAAAGUUUUUAACAAAUUAUAGAGAAAUAGGAUUCAAUACUGCUAAAUCGGAAGCCAAAAUACUUAACAUGGAUUUGAAGGUAUCAAACGAAUUUAAAAUACCUAGAUAUAGAAAGAAAAAAACAAUGUUCGCAUAUGAAGGCAAUGAUGAGUUAUUACAAGAUCCUGAAGAGGAUUUUAGAUGCUCUUAUUUUUUAGUUUUAAUGGAUGGUGCUAUUGGAUCAAUCACUCGACGUUUGAAACCACAUGAACAACUGAAAGCAAAUUGUAUGGACUUAGCAUUAUAUCUACAAUCAGGAGAUGAAAAAGAUAUUUGUGCCAAUGAUUUAAUUGAAAAACUUUUGAUUUGCCAAAACAUAGUCCAUAAAUCGGUAACUCCUAUUGAAGUUCUUAAUUUUAUAAAAAAAAGCAAUGGAGCCUUUCCAAACUUAGCCAUCGCUCUUAGGAUAAUGUUAACAAUUCCUAUAACUUCAGCUAGCGCAGAACGUAGCUUCUCAAAGUUAAAGCUUAUAAAAACGUAUUUGAGAAGUACUAUGUCCCAAGAGCGUCUUUCUGGCUUAGCUUUAUUAGCUAUAGAAAAAGAAGAAUCCGAAAAUUUAAAUUAUGAUAAAGUAAUUGAAGAUUUUGCGGUUAAAAAGUCUAGAAAAAUUAAAUUUAAGUAA